UUUGACUAUAUGGGAGGGGCUCCAUACCAACAUAAAGGAUAGCGGGUGCUGGGAAGAGAUUCGGCACAUAACAUCCCUUCUACAUCUGUGAAAAUGCCGUUGGAAUUGUAUCUUGAUCUGCACUCUCAGCCAUGUCGCUCUGUGUUCAUUUUUGCAAAGAAAACAAACAUUCCGUUUGAUUUCAAGUUUGUCGAUCUGGCUACAGGCCAGCAGUAUGGGGAAGACUUUGGUAAGAUCAGUGUGGUGAGAAAGGUUCCGGUCAUGAGAGAUGGAGACUUCAUUCUCACAGAGAGUGUUGCCAUCCUGAAGUACCUGGCUGAAAAAUUUGGCACCUCAGAUUCAGACCACUGGUACCCAGCAGACCUGCAAAAGCGAGCCCGGGUCAACGAGUACCUGUCCUGGCAACACGCAGCCAUGAGAGCCCAUGGCUCAAAGGUGUUCUGGUUCAGGGCAAUAGUUCCCAUCAUAACUGGUUCAGACGUCCCUAAGGAGAAAAUGGACUCCGCUAUGGAGGACCUGACACUGUCUCUGAAGGUGUUUGAGGAGAAGUUCCUGGACGACAGACCCUUCAUCAUUGGGGAAAAGAUCUCACUAGCAGACCUGGUGGCAAUAGUAGAGAUCAUGCAGCCGGUUGGCACUGGUCUGGAUUUGUUUGAGAACAGGCCCAUUCUCGGUGCCUGGAGAGACAGGGUAAAAAUGGAGCUUGGCGAGGCUCUCUUUGACGAAGCUCACAAGACCAUCAUGGAUGUGGCCAGCCUGCCUCAAACCUUUGAGAACAAUGGAAUGCUGGAAUUUCUCAAGCCAAAGAUACAGAAGAUGUUCAACUAACUCAUGAUGAGAACAUUUUGACCACCAAGUAUUGUGUGACAAUGCUUUUAAUUUUUGUCUUAAUAUUUUUUAUUAGCAACCUGAACUCAAGUUUAGACGUAACAUAGUAAACGCACAUCCGAUACUCCAAUUAGUAUGAUAUGUUAUAUUUCGUAUUUUAUGUAUUAAUU